CACAAGUUGUGACCACAGCCAUUGUUUUGCUACGGAAAAGUGUGAACGACGUGUAUCCUUGCCUCAAUCGCCUCUUCCGGGUAAUGCGAUAGCUCUAGCACCAAUUUACACCGCUGUUCAGCUACUAGGAGCGAUUUGCAGCUAUAGCGGCGACGACUGGGCUGCACAGCUUCUGACCUCACCCCAGCUUCGAUUACGGUGUGAUUACUUAUGACGGCUGAAACGCCAUCACCGCCCCCAGAUCGAGGCGUACAGCGUCAGCCAGUUCCGGAAAAAGGUGCGAAGGACUCAGCAGCAAAGAAAUAUGAGGACUACGGCAGCAGAGCCUCGUCUCCCCGGCAGCACAGGCGGUCGCGGCGCAUGUCAGAAGAUGGGGACAGCCGCCGCGCUCGACACAGGAGCAGGAGCAGGAGUCGUAGUGGAGACAGAUGUAGAAAGAACGGGUCACGCAGGGACCAAGGAGACCCGGCGAGGAUAGAAGGGGCUUCCAGGAGCAGGUCAAGAGAGAGGAAAUCGAGAGUGACGAGGGCUGGGUCUAAGGGGCGAACUUCGAAGGACACCUCGAGAGAGCGGAAGCGAGACUCAAGACGAGAACCAAGUCCAACGCAUCGCAAAAGAGAUGCCUCGCGGGAACCCUACCGAAAGCCACGAGACCGCUCCGCAGACAGGCGCAGAGAUCGCUCCCGCAACAGACCGAGGCAUCACUCAAAAGACAGGCGUCGAGACCGCUCAAGGGACAAUGCCAGGUCGCGCUCAAGAGACAGACAACGCGACCGCUCCAAAUAUCAACACCGAGAUCGUUCACAAUCCCGCGACCGAGCCAAAGACAAACGCAGAUCGCGUUCCUUAGACAGACAGUCCCGCCGCUCUGCCUCCCCGCUCCCCUUCCGCCCCCGAAAACGCCGCUCCCGUUCUCCCUCUCCACCCCGCCGACACCGCCGAGACUCCCGCUCUCCCACUCCUAACAAAUCCAAACGCCGAAAACACGCUCCCUCACGCUCUCCAUCCCCCCCACCCCGCUCCCGGAAACCACUCCCCUCACAAGAAGUAUCCUUCCGCGGGCUGGACAACUCCGACAAACCCCCGACCAAAUACGGCGGCAUACCCCCCGACAAAGAAAAACCCAACUUCGCUCCAACCGGUCUCCUAGCCAAAGAAGCCAACACAGUCACCGGCACAAAAAUCGCACUGAAAUACCACGAGCCGCCCGAAGCCCGCAAACCGCCCUCUACCUCACAAUGGCGGCUCUUCGUGUUCAAAGGCCCCGACGUCCUCUCCACUAUCGAGCUCCACACGCAAUCAUGCUGGCUUCUCGGGCGCGCCCAGGAAGUUGCAGAUAUCGUGCUCGGUCACCCGAGUUCGAGCAGCCAGCACGCUGCCAUACAGUUUCGGUAUAUUAGUAAGAUGAAGGAGGAUGAGUAUGGGGUUAGUAAGAAGACGGGAAAAGUGAAGCCGUAUCUUAUUGAUUUGGAGAGUAGUAAUGGGACCGAGGUUAAUGGAGAGAGGAUUGAGGCGAGGAGGUAUUAUGAGCUCAGGGAUAAGGAUAUUGUGAAGUUCGGCGCGAGUGAGAGGGAGUACGUUAUUAUGCUUCCGCCGCCGGAGAAGUAGUGAAGUCUGGCUCGGCCUGCGAAAGGCAGUGGGGUGUGGCGGAUGUUAGUUUAGGACGGCGGCCGGAAAGGCGGAUUCUGGUGUGGAUGGAGCAUGAGAUUAGGAAACGUAUGACUUGCAUUAGGACCCCAGGACUACCAAAUGCCCAUCCUGACAUUUUAGAGACUUAGAUGGCCACUUUACAUAACCAUUAAACCCCGUCCAUGCAGGGGAGCAAAACAUGGCACAUGACGUGCAGUCAUGACAACGACAAGCCCCGCAAAAGUAUCAAUUAAUACUAGCUAGUAUAACGAAGACAAAAAUGAGAGGA